ACUACAUACAUAUCGCUGGUGCAUGAGGGAAGACACGUACCAUGGCGAACGACAAGUGAUAUGGGCUUCUGAGGUAAUAUUAGCACUGUCGAGCUACUUUGGCACCUGUCACACUUUGAAAUGUACGCGUCGAAUUCGCAUCAAAUGUGCAACGUUUCACGGACUACCGAGCAAGAGCAAGCCAAGCUACAGAAAAUUAAGGAACUGACAAACAUCUUAAAGGAUACGGACAAAAAUCUUACCAUAUGCGAGGAAAUACUGGCGACUUACGUAAAGAAACGCUUGAAGCGACAAGAGCCUCACCUCCAGAGGCCAGAACAAUCAACAUUGAUAACAGAAGCUACAACAAUGAAUAUGUCAUACAACCAAAGUUUUCUUCAUUGUUACUUUUCAUUUGUUACGAAGAAUACGAAACAGCAUGUAUUCCUGAAUUGAUUUAUUGAGGUGCAACUGUUUUACCACUUUAUGUUUAAUCACCUAUGUCUUAAAUUUGUUUCUUUAUUUUAUCAUUAUUUAAAUAAUAAAUGCACUCGAUAAUGUAGAAUAAAUAUUUUAAACAAAAAGAAAAGAGAAUUGGUUUUUAUCCUCAAAUUUAAAGCAAUUUGAUAAAACUUGUGUGUGUUAAUUUAUCCUUUUGAUAUUAAUUUAUAGCACAGUGCCUUUUUUGUAUUACUCUUUUGUAUUAUGUAAAAUGCGAUCUUUUAUUUUUGAAUUUAUAUAUCUAGAUCCAGAUUCUAAAUUUAGAUGCAUCUUUUAAAGUACCUUAAUUAUAUAUUUUAAUUAUACUUUAUUUAAAAAUAACGUAUAAGACAAAUUUAUUAUAUAUAAUAAUUGGAAGAAUAAUUUGUAUAAAUUUUAAUUUGAAAUCUGACACAAUCGGUUUAGAGUUUCAUUAAUUAUGCAUUAUAAUCAAAUUAUUCUAUAGUGUUAAACGAAUUCACACGAGUUCUUACCAACUUCUUCAUGUUAAGCAUGGCGUGCACUUACAAACUGAUAGUGCUCAAAGGGUUGACACUUCUUUUAUACACCAGGUUUCCCAUGCAAGUCGUUUGCUAAAUUUAUGGUGAAUUCUAGAUCCGCCGGUAUGUGUACGCGUAUAACUAGCAUUCCGACUGACAACUUCGCAAAACCACUCCCAUCUAAAGAAUCGCUAAAUGACAUAACGAUUGCAGAAAACAGCACCGCGAAUCAGCCAACAAAGUGAGAAUGUGCAACGAAUAUAAGAGAGAAAUUAGAAUAUUAUUGCAUUAUUUUCCUUGUAUAAUAUAAUAUAAAGAAUAAUUAUAACAAAUAUUUAAAUAUGAUAAAGUAAUUUAAAAUUAUGAAAUUCAAUUACACAAAUUAAUACGUGCGAAAUACCAUGGAAUAGAAUAUUAUGAAAA